AUGCCCGCGGACGGCCGUGAGCUCGAUAACGGUCGCAGUAGCGCCUUAGAGGACUCCGAGGCGGCUCGAUCGCACUGUCGCAUCUGUCUCGAGGGUGAGGACGACGACGAGGAGGAUGGGGACGCGACGCGCGGUGGUCCACUCAUCGAACUCCACUGCGCCUGCACGGACGCGCACGUCCAUCGGUCGUGCGCGAGUCGCUGGUUCGGGGCGCGAGGAACAACGAUGUGUGAGAUCUGUAAACAUGACACCGGGCUAACGGGACUCGAAACGCCGCUAGCUUUACGUGUGUCGCGCGGCACGAUGCGCGUAUUGGGAUGGCGUCGAGACGAGGCCGACGACGAAACCGAAGCGGCGGUCGGUCCGUCCUUUGGAACGGUGAUUUAUAUCUUCCUGUUCGAGCUCGCCGUGGUUUGGUUCUCACUUGAGAUCAUCAUGGGAUACACCACCGGAACCGCGCUCGCGAUGGCGUACGGAUUUGCGCUAUCGCUGCUCGUCGGAUGUUGCACCUUCAUCUACCCGUUACGUCAAGCGCGAGUCAAUCGAGACGAUUCUCGACACUUUCUCUGGGCGUACGCGCUGUGCAUGUUCAUAUCCCAUCAAGUCACGUUCUUCAUAUCGCUCCAAGCGAUUCAGUCUCGAAAGAACCGCGCGAAAGAGGCGAUUUCCCUCACGCUCGCGCUCUCCAUCGCGGCUUUGGCAUACCCGCAGUUCGUCGUCUGCGUUGGAUGUCUCUGGCGCUUCUUCGCGAGCGACGACCGGUGA